AUGCAAGAGCUGUUGUCAGGCCUGGAAGGAGUACAAAUGUACAUGUACGACGUCAUCGUAUAUGGAGCGUCCAUGCAAGAACACGACACACGACUGAAGCGUGUAAUGGAAACAAUGGAACUCGCCGGCCUGAGAUUAAACAAAGACAAAUGUAAGAUCCGACAAAGUGAGCUGCAUUUCCUGGGUCAGGUAGUCGACAAGAACAGAGUCCGAGCAGACACCGAGAAAGUCAAAGCUAUCGCUGAACUCAAAGCCCCAAAGAACAUACACGAACUAAAGAGAACCGGAGAUGUUUACUUCAACACUGGAGACCUGAUUCUCCAGGACCACAGAGACUUUGCCUAUUUCAAAGACAGGAUUGGAGACACAUUCAGGGGGAAAGGAGAGAAUGUUUCCACUACAGAGGUGUGUGAAGUGUUGGGCUGUCUGGACUUCCUGCAGGAUGUCAGUGUUUAUGGGGUCACAGUACCAGGUUACGAGGGUCGGGCUGGAAUGGCAGCUGUUGUGUUGAAGGACGGUCAUGAGUUGGACGGGGAGAGACUCUACAGUCAUCUGCUUCAAACUCUUCCUCUGUAUGCCUGGCCCUGGUUUCUAAGAGUUCAGACGUCUUUACACAUGACAGGCAUGUUCAAGCAGCAGAAGAUCAGACUGGUGCAGGAGGGCUUCAGUCCACAUGCUGUUCAGCAGCCGCUCUACUUCCUGAACACAUCACAGAAGAACUACAUCCCCCUCACCACACCACUAUAUGAGGACAUCAUCUCAGGCAAGAUCAGACUUUAG